GUUUCAUUCUUCAAUUCAUUCGUUCCUGCUGAUAAUCGAUCAAAUCUAGCAUGGUCUACUACAUCCGUUUUCUCAAGACCCCUAGGUUUCAAAAGCAGAAACCUGGGUCGAUAUCCGUUUCCGCUCUGAUCUGCAUCACCACCGACCUGGGGGAUGCAUUUCUUGCACAGGAUGUGGAUUUACUCGUAACACUGGGUCUUAAUCACUCUGGUAAAAUCCUCUACCAGGAACCUUUGAGCUGGAAGGCCGGCAAACGCGAGCUCCCGAUAAUGCUCGGGCCCUUCUCUGCCAAUAUCGCUCAGCAGACGAUCGUUCUAGGCGUGGCUGCCACAGAUUCGCAGAAGCGGCGGUCACCCUCACCAGACCGUUUGCUGGGCAAUUCCAGUCUUCCUCUAGUCAUGUCUGCCUGGAGUGCACCCUUUGGCAGAUCACCGUCCUCGGUAGCGGAGAAGCUUGUUGAGAGACGCUUUGGGCCCAAAGAUCGCCUAGGCUUGAGGAUCUGGGAGGAGACUGGAAACAGUAUUGCUCGGCAUAUCUGGGAUGCAGCGGUGGCGUCAGUCAUAUAUCUUGAGCAGAUCGUUACAGGAGACCCAGCGGUAUCCGUACCAUUGUUGCAAAAGCUUCUACGAGGCGAGCGCAGCUCCCCUCUCCAUGUCCUCGAACUAGGAUCAGGAUGUGGCAUUGUCGGAAUUGCUCUUGCAGAGCUUCUGCCUCAUUGUUCUGUGGUACUUACUGACUUAGCCGAGGUCGAGGACAUUGUAACGCAGAACAUUGCUGUCGCGAAACCAGCCCAUUCCUCUGAGCUCGAGUUUUGCACGCUUGACUGGGACGACGAGCUCCCAAGCGACCUGUGUGGAGGCUCAGUAGACCUAAUCCUCGUUUCAGAUUGUACUUACAACGCAGACAGCUUGCCGGCGUUGGUUUCAGUACUUAGCCGCUUAGUACAGAUGUCUCCAGAUGCUAUCAUUUUAGUGGCACUGAAGAGGCGCCAUGAGAGUGAGUCUGUUUUCUUCGACUUGAUGCAGUCUGCCGGACUUCACAACCUGCACCUCGACCAGAAGCAGCUCCCAUCGCAACACGAUCAGUUUGACCAGAUAGAACUGCGUUGUUAUGGCCGAGAAGAGCGACAGAUGCUCCCAAAUCAAUAGCGGGAUGAUGAACCGCAGCUUGACUCAUCAUGCCUUGCAUGUACGUCUUGAACGCCUGGAUGCUGUACUGAAACCGCUCUCCUUGGUCCAUUUGGUCCCGAAUGGAGCUCCAAUAGGCCAGCCCUGUGCAUAGGCUGCAGGCUUAUCUAUAAUAUCACCCAUCCGCAACUUCGCAGCCUGUAUAGCUCGCCGCACACGCGGAUGAUAAGACUCUUAAGCCUCGGGCUCAACAGUGUACGCGACUGCAAACUCCAAACUGGGCCAACCAGGCACGGAGCAACUAUAACUGUGGCAACUACAACCCCACCGGUGAUUAUGUGGAAUCAAUGGUCC